AUGGCUGACUACAAGACUACAGUCCCUGCAGUGGACGAGAAGGAGAAUGUCAGAGCUUACGGGCUCAAAAUAAAUCUCAACCCUAUUGCUGUUGCAAUCGAGAUUGCCGAAGAAGUCGAUAGCAGCAAGUACUCGCCAUGGACAUGGUCGAUGUUGCGACUCUAUGGGGUUCUAUUCGUGGCAUACUGCUGUGGUUGUUUGAACGGAUAUGAUGGCUCGCUUAUGGGCGGUCUCAAUGGAAUGACCUCGUAUCAGAAGACUUUCGAUAUGAAAACAUCGGGAUCAUCCACGGGUAUUGUCUUCAUGAUCUACAACGCUGGCAGUCUUGCAGCUGCCCCACUAGUGCCAUUUGCAACUGACAGACUUGGUCGCCGUGUCGGUAUGUUUAUUGGUGCCGUUGUGAUUAUUAUCGGAACCUGCGUGCAAGCAACGAGCAAAGCCAUCCCUCAAUUCCUGGGUGGACGGUUUCUUCUUGGCUUUGGUGUCUCAUACUGCUGCAUUGCUGCACCGACCUACGUCAGCGAGAUGGCUCAUCCAAAGUGGCGUGGGACUCUUACUGGCUUCUACAAUUGCAUGUGGCCGCUUGGGGCUAUCAUUGCAGGGUGGGUUGUCUACGGCAGCUCUUACAUCAAAGGCAACGGUGGUUGGAGGCUGCCGGUGUGGAUGCAAUUGGGAACAUCUGGCAUCGUCGCUAUCUUCGUAUUCUUUCUACCUGAAUCUCCCCGAUGGCUCAUGCAGCACGACAGACAUGACGAAGCAGCUGCAAUUCUUGCCCAGCUCCACGGCGAGGGCUCUGUUGAUCACCCUAUCGUCCAGCUCCAGUUAAAGGAAAUGAUGGCACAGCUUUCGACUGAGCCUGCUGACAAGAGAUGGUGGGAUUAUCGUCAAUUGUGGAAUACGCACAGUGACCGUCGUCGACUCAUCUGUGUGCUUGGUAUGGCUUUUAUGGGACAGGCUUCUGGUAACUCUCUAUCAAGCUAUUAUCUGGUUACCAUGAUGAACACUGCCGGAAUUGUCGAACAGAAGAAAGUCCUGGCUCUGAAUGCCGUAAACUCUAUGCUUGGCUUCUUAGGUUCGCUUCUCGGUGCUCGUCUCACAGAUCGUGUUGGCCGUCGCCCGCUCCUGAUUUACAGCAUUCUUUGCUGUUCAGUAAUCUUCGCUGUCAUUACCGGGACUUCGAAGAUGGCCGUUGAUGACCCAUCUAAUCAUCAUGCGGCAAACACAACCAUCGCCUUUGUGUUCCUCUUUGGUGUUGUCUUCUCCAUUGGAUGGACCGCUCAGCAGUCUAUGUACAUUGCCGAGACUCUCACGACGUACAAUCGAGCCAAAGGAACAGCGCUUGGGAACUUCAUGUCUAGCGGUAUAUCUAUCGUUCUGGCAUAUUCCUCUGGACCCGCAUUCGAGAAGAUCGGCUACUACUUCUACCUGGUGUUUGUGUUCUGGGAUAUCAUCGAGGCAAUAUUCAUCUGGAAAUUCUUCCCUGAGACGAAGGAUCGUACUCUUGAAGAGCUGGCGGAGGUGUUCGAGGCUCCAAAUCCAGUCAAGAAGUCUCUAGAACCGAGAAAUGCGGAGACUGUCAUGGCUACGAUGCAUUUGCCUGUUGAGAAAUUGGCUGAUGUGUAG